AAUGAUAUAAGAGUCCCCAAAUAAUUUCUUGAUUUCUUGUUUUUACUGAACACACUUUCUUUUUGCAGGGCAAGAAUUCGUUUUAAGCCCGUAUUGUUUGGUAUCAAAAGGAACUAUUAAAAGAUGGAAUAUAGGCCUAGUGAUAGGACAAGGACUGUCAAUAUAGUUUUUCACUGAUAUAAGCGGACAAGCAUGGCUGCCCUUGUAAGAGCAGUUCAGUUGAAAAUAUUACAACAACAAACGCAAGCAAUAUGGAUGAGUCAGAGAGGAAUGACCUCAAAUUCCAAAAGGAAAGGUUUUUCAUUAAAAUCCAUGCGUCGUCUACAGCAAGAUUAUGACAUCAGUUAUACAGGACUGAACAGAUUUCUUCAGAAAAAAUUAUGGGAGGAGUUUGAGAAAUCUGAAAGUUUUAUUCCUGAAAGACACCAAUUUCUUGGACCAGAUCUUGCUACAGCUCAUUUCGUCGUUGCAAGGGAAGGUUCUGUUAAAUUUGUCGGAAACGACCGUUGGUUUAAGGAAGAUGAAAAUAAAAAUAACUUUCUUCCAAAUCGCCCUGUAAUGGAUAUGUAUUUAGAGGCCAUAAAUUGUUCCAACACAAUGAUUUCUUAUAGAGGACUAGAUAAUUUCAUUGAUCUAGAGUACUUGAAAUAUCUUAAUUUUAGUAAUUGUGAUUAUGUUGACGACUGGUUUUUGAGUCGACUUCAUCAGUUUAGUGAAACUUUGGAAUUUUUAGACAUCAGUGGCUGUAAGAAUGUAACAGACAGAGGUCUUGAAUGUCUUCAUAUUUUAAAAAAAUUACAAGGCUUAAAAUUGAGUGAUAUGGAUCAUGUAGAAAAUUUGGAUUUAAUUGUUUUAUUCUUACAAGAACGGUUCCCAGAUUGUGUAAUACUUGGUAUAGAUUCAAAACCUCAAAAACAAAUAGAAACAGACGUUAAACCUCAAAUAAUAACAGAAAAAGACUCUGGUACUAAACCUCAUUUACAAAUUGAACCAGAACCUGAAAUCCAACAAGCUAAAGAAUCAACAUAAUUUGUGACAAGAGACUGUUUCAAAAUUUCAACACUUGCAUCCAAACAAAGAUCCUGUGGAACUGGUUGGAUGGGUGGAACGACACCUCACAUAGUAAAUGAUAAUUAAAUGUUGAAUCAUUUACUCUUACUCUUGAGAUUUAUCCACAGGAUAUUCCUUUGGAUGUAAGAGUUAAAAGUUUACGACUGUCCCUAAAAAUGUUUUUUUUGUUUAUUAAGGACAGAAUUUUAUUAAAUUGUAGUGGGUUA